GACGGGUGAACGGAUACUCUGCGGAAUAGUGCAGAUGCACGUCACGAUAAUUUCGCGAAAGCCUGUAGAAAUCGCCAAUGAAAUUUGCAAAAGCCGACUGUCGAGGAGCCUCACGUUACGGGAGCCGUCUUCGGCCAUUCCCGCAUAUUCCUUACUACACAAGGCUGCAUUGGAAUUGACCUAACCUAUUCCGCGCGGUAUGUCAUUUCGCACGGGAUGUUGGGACAACUGUUUAUCGUGCUACUAUGUGUAGGGGAAUGGCUUAUACAUAUAAUAACCUUUUGAGAUGGGAUAUCGGCGGGCAUUAUACAGUAACGGAUGGAGCAAUACGCUCCAAGAGUGGGGUCUCGUUCCUGAACUAAUCCUCUACGGCGUGCAAUCGGCCGGAGUGCUUACAUCGCCGCCUAUACACAUCUUUCUGGAAAGGCUGUAAAGGACUCAAGAAAUUUUGGAGAAGUAACGCGCGGAGGAACUUGUCUCAAAUGGAAAAUACAAACUUACCUACUUUGCCGAGGGUGACGCCAUGGCUCACGUCAAACGAUACUUCUUUCUGGUGUGCCUUCUACUUGCGACGGUCCAGGUUAUAUUUGCCGCCAGUACCAGAGCCAGGAGUAAGAAGAAGACUAAGGAUUCUAAGGAGAAGGAAGUCAAUGUGUGUGAUCUUGAUAGGCGGAAUACUCCUAUGUUUUGUUAUUGCGAUAACAAUCAGAUAAGAAACGCAUCUGAUGUCAACUGUUGGAUCUUUGACAACGUCGACGUGAAUGAUCCUAUAUGGGAACACUUUAGCUCGCAAUUGUACCUCGAGAAACUUACGUUCAUCAUAAGACACGGGGGUACCUAUGGCUCCAUACCCACUACUGUACUGGGACAGAUGAAGAAUCUUCAGAAGAUCGGUUUCCAAUAUGCAUCCAUACACGAACUCGCUUCACAUGCUUUCUCGAAUCUCCCAACUGUCGUCGAGAUUAAUCUCAGUCGGAAUAUGAUUGUCAUCCUGAGAAAAUACGCUAUCGAGAACAUGAAGAAUCUUACGGUUAUCAAUUUCGAUGAGAAUCGCAUUGCUGAGAUAAACAGGGACGUCUUCGUGAAUCUACCAAACCUGAAGCAGUUAUUCCUAAACAGAAAUAACGUGUCCAUUUUACAUGACAAAGCAUUCAAGGAUCUUGGAUCACUACAGGAAUUGGAGCUGAAUGGGAAUCAAUUGUCUGUACUGACGACAGAGACUUUUUACGGCUUGAGAAAUCUUAUCAGGCUUGACCUGCGUAGCAAUCUCUUAUCGAUGAUCGGUGACAAGACCUUUUUGGAAUUGCCAGAAUUGCGCUCACUGGAACUUGAUCAGAAUCAGAUCGAAUACAUAUCUGAGAAGGCGCUGGAUGGAAUGAGAAAUUUGAAAAAAUUGUGUCUGAGUGAAAAUAAAUUGGUAUCACUGGAACCGGAUUUCCUGUCUGGGGCACCUGGUAUCAAUUUUCUGGAUCUUCGUGAAAAUGCUCUCAAGACCAUGACCUUUGACAAUAUCAAGCCAAUCGUAACCAAUCUCUACAACGUGUCCAGUCAUUUAUAUCUCGACGGCAAUAAUCUCAUCUGCGACUGCAGGCUCGCCUGGAUCUGGGGUCUCAAAAACGAGACUAAGAACUUGAAGCUGAAAGACGUCCUGGACGAGCUCACCUGCUUCCUGGAGAGUAACAACGCGACGACUGUUGAUCAGGAUGCCGUCAAAGGACUUAAUAUUCCUCAGAACGAAGCCGAGUACGCCGCUGACAAUCUCAAGGACCGUGACACAGAGGACGACGCCUAUAUGGGCGACGACGGCAACUACUAUGAAGAAUACGAGGAAGGUUACGGUUAUCCAAGUCGUCCCGAAGGAAAUCAAACCAAGGUGGAGAUAGUCGAGGGCAAAGCAGGAUACAUGAAACACCUGUUCGACCUGAAGCCAGAAGAACUUCCAUGUCCGGAACCAUCGAGGGAGGAUUUAAUGGCGUCGGAGCAGCCCUCGAGUCAUCGUGAAAAUUCGAAAGCUGGUUCUUUCUCUAUAUUCUCGUUAUCGCAUGCCGAUAGGACCGAUCGUAAUCUCUCCAUCCUGAUCCUCACCGCCAUCCUGCCGAUCGUUCUCUUCACGUAGAAGGACCUUUCCUUGGUUCUGUAAUUUUUCUUUCUCAUCUUUUUGUAUUUCGAUCCUCAACCGACACUUUUGUCAACCUUUUGCUCUACGGAGGUAGGCGGUGACUUCGCGUCCUCAUGCAGGUUAUCACUGCUCCUCGUACGGUAACGAAUGGAAUUGAAUGGAAUUGAAUGAAACCGGACAUCGCAGAGUUGGACGAUUUAUGUUUAGUCAAUUAGCCGAGCCGUGAAGUCACGUGGGAAUGUACAUUCCUGAACAGGCGACGUAUAAUAAUAAUAAUAAUAAUAAUAUUAAUAAUUAUAAUAUUAGCACUAGAAAGAAUCUAUAAGGAAAACGAACGAUAAUAGAGAUUACUCGUGAAACUUUACGGCUCGGGUUUAAAAUACUGUGCUCUCGCGCUAUAUGGCAGAUUUGCCAAAUUAUUAUUAUUUAAUUAUUAAACUCAAGUCCUGUUUCUAAUACUCGACCACGCGCCACGUGAGGUCUCUAUUAUAGGAUGAGGAUCGUAGACAGCGAUUUUCAAUGAAAUCGUGCGAGCGUAAUACUUAUCACAGAAUUAUCAUGAUAUUGACGGGAUACGCUCGCGAGAAUCGUUAAUCACGUUGAGAGACAAUCCUGAUUAAAUGAGAGGAAGAGAGAAAGGAGAGAGAGAGAGCGAGAAAAUAUCUUCUUGGAAUUUAUGCAAACGGAUGAAAUACAGUUAAUGACUAUACAUACGUUAUACACGUGGGAGAUGAAGCUAGCUAGUACGUGUAUUUCUGGAACAUAAAGGGAUGCGCGCGCAUAUCGGAUGAAUUUCAAACUGGGAAACUAAUGUGAAACGUGACAUUUGGUUCCGGUUUUAAGAGAUAAAAACAAAUAUACACAUGUCUCAUUGUAUUAUAAGACCAAAUAUCACGCGCACCGCCAUUAUAUGUUUAUUUAGUGCCAUCUUAGCGUUAGCUUGUAUUACUUAUUAUUACUAUUAUUAACCUCAUUAUUAUUAUUAUUUAUCGCGGUCGAUGUCCAUUCUAUUCCGGAAAGCCAAGCAAGACGUCGUUCUUGGGUGUUUUCAAAGGAGCCAAAGAUUUCACCGGAUACGAAUCUAAGAGAACCAAUGUUUUCCGGAAGUCGAUAAAUUUUUAUAUGCUAUUAUCUGUACUCCUGUCUCAUCGUCACAUUGUAAAUUCCUUUGUUCUUAUUGUAUCGGCAAUACAAUUUUUACUUGAAAAAUCGUGUACCUCUUAUCGACUACUAUUAGCAUUUUCUAUUGUAACGAAAAAGAGCGGCGAAGGGAAAAAAUGAGGGGGGAAAGAAAAAGAGAGCGCGACGAAUAUGAAAAUGACAACCAUUAACGUAAAAGAGCGCUUCGUGUGUGAGACUGCUACUUUCUUAUUAGAGCCUUUUCUUUACGCUGCUUCGGUCUCGUAUUAUCAGCUGGUUUGAAGGAUCGCGUGUUUUUUUUUUGUUAUGAAGACCUUGAAACGUUUAAUCAUAAGGAACAAGGUAAGCUUAUCGGGAAAUGAAAAAGAAAAACGAGUUGAACCUCUUUUUCUGCAUUAUUAAGAACCUUCCUUCUUUUUUUAACUAAAAUUUAUAUUUCAUUAUUCAUAUUACACGAGUCGCGUCUUUGGAUUCGGGCGAUUCUUAUCCUGAUUAAUAAUUUAUGCUUUAAUGAUACUCGUAAUAUAAUUAUCUUGUAUAUCUUCAUUUCGUGAUACCCUGUCUAUCUGCACUUAUCAUUCUUUCCUACCCUUUGCGUACGUUCAGUCAUUUGCGCUUGAGUUAAACGUAAUUCUAAGUUAAGCAAGGAAAAAAGAAAGAUGAACUACUUACAAAGAACCGUCAGCUGUAAUAUGUAUUAUAUAUGUUCUUUUAUAAGAUUUAGCAAUAUGAAGAAUAAACUGAAGACACGUAAAA